ACAGUGUGACGUUUAGUGGAAGUAAACAAUGCGAGGUCUGGAAGCUUCAACUAGAAUAACGUGUUUUUGUAAGACAAUAAGUCGUAGUGCACAUACAUAACAUAUGUUAUUAAGUUGAACAUGUCUUCAGUGGAGUAUUUGAGAGAGUUUGUAAACGAGCGUCUGAGUGCUGCUGCUGGAGAAAUAUUCGGAGUUUUUGAAAAAGCAAUCGCGAAGUUCGAGGAAGAGAUAGCUCGACAGCGCAAACUGUUGGAUAUCGUUAGGCAACAUGAAAUACAAUUACUCACGAGAGAGCUCCCUCAGCAACAUGUCUGUAUUGAGGAUGAGGUUCUCACGGUUCUCACUGACCAGCAGCUCUGUAGUCAGGAAAGGAACUCCAGUCUGGACCAAGAGGACCCAGAGCCUCCACAGAUUAAAGAGGAACAGGAGGAACUUUGCACCCGUCAGGAGGAAGAGCAGCUUGAACUAAAGCAGGAGACUGAUGUCUUCAUGGUGACUCUUACUGAUGAGGAAAGUGUGCACAGCGGACAGACUUGUGCAAAAGAGUCUGUAGACAAGCCCCAGAUAAAGCUGCACAGAACAGAGACGGAGAUAGUUACAUUGGAUCUGCAAGUUAUUCCAACCUCUUCACCACUGAGUAGUGCUUUGUCAGUCUCUGAGUCUCGAUCGACAUCAUCAGGCACUCCUAAUUCUAGCCCUUCACAGCUGUUGGCCAUUGCAUUAUUUUCAAGCCAGACAGGAAACAGAGAUUCAAGCAACAGACCUUCCACAUCUCAAGUACUGAAAACAUGGCCAGAAACAUUCCAGGUCCCUUGGGAACAAAUGCCACAAGAAAUACGUUCUGCAAUUCUAAGCGGCAAGAGACCUAAACCAACAGAGCGACGCCAGAUGGUACGAAUACUCGUAGAUGAAAUGAGGAGGUAUGAGGCUAACCCCACUCGCUCCCAGUGUCUCACUGUGAUUCGAAAUAUCAUCAGGCAGUACCCAAAGAGCUUUGCUGAUAUGACCGCAGACUGGUCACUUUUGGGUUGCGGUUAUACAUCACUUCUGAUUCAAGUGAAAAACCGCAUUGAAAAUGUGAACCGUGGCGGAAACUAUGCACACCACCGAGCUUCUAGAUCCAGUUCUACAUACAAGAGGGGGCCAACCGACACUUAUGGAUGUACAAGAUUUCAGCCAGAGCUCCCUCCAGAAGAAACUAAUGAGACUGUGGAGCAGAACCGCCAAAGACUGGUGGAGAUUUACAGGCAGGAGGGUGCAGGUGGAGUUGAAAGAGCAGAGGUCAAAAAUCGAAUGGAGCUCACAUUCUGCCUACAACGUCGUCAUAUAAAUGAACUUCCACCACCUGACAUUGAAAAUAUGAGAAGCAAAUGGCCUUUUCUUUUCACUCAAAUGUGCAUAUAUGCACAUUUUGAGUUACUCACAGACAUCAAUGUGCUUCGUAGCUUGGAACUCAGCAUGGUGGAAUGUGGGAGAGACAUCACAGAAUACUUCAGGGGAAAACCUACCAACAGAGAUGUCAAGGAUGUCCUCUCUAAUUGUGAAGAUAAUGAAAUGGCACUUUGUGUUGUUCAGCUGCUCAUGGCACACUUUGGAGAGGACCUAACAGGGCUUGUCCUUCUUACAAAUGUGUCUGCCACCGCAGCUGACGUUGAGACAACCCUCACUCUACCUGCAAGUCCUCGUCUGAUACUGCUUGUUUCAGAUGGAACCGGGCAAGUCACUACUGGACGAUGGAUGAUCACCCUUGAGGGCCGUGUCAUAUCUGAGGGCAUCACACCAACCUUUUUGACGGGACUUGCUGCUGUCUUUGCAAUCUACUAUAUAUUCAACCUUCAGUAUCAGGAAGAGGCAGCCUGUACUCUGGAAUUCAUUCAGAGGCGCUUCAUUGGUAUCAACCCAGAGAGAGGAACAAAGGCCAUCCGGGGCAAGGUUGUCUGCAAGAAGACAGGUGUGAUCGUCCAGAAGAAGUCUGCCACAGUCAACACACACGUCUCCACACUACUGAAGAACCUCCUUGACUUUGAAUCGGACUGACGUUGCCACAUUAUGCCACAAGACACUUUGUGGCAACACUGGUAAGGAGAGGAACAAGGACCAGCAAGGUGAUGGUCAUCUUUACCUGAACCAGAAGAUUCCUCUUUGUAUCAAGACUGUCCACACCCACCCAUAAUCUUCCUGAAGUUAAGCAUGCACCUACCUCACAGGACUAUUUCAAGAGGCAAAACACAAGCCCCACAUUUUGCUACUGGUGCAUAUUUUCUAAAUGGUCUUAAUGAUGCAUAUUUUCUAAAAUGUUGCUUAUAAUGCAUUUGUUCAAAAAUGUUCUUACUGAUGUAUAUUUUCACAGACAGCAGAGAAUACAAUAUUGCAGUAAAUUUAGAUAUUUUAAACUGCUUUUUGAGAGAACAUAAACCUCACAGGAUUAUUUAUAGGUUAAACACUUGUCCUCUGUAUUAGUUGCCUUGGUAUUCAGCCAAAUUGUUUGAGCCGAGGUCAAGUUCAAGUUUGGUAAGACAAGUCACAUAUAACAAUAAUUUGGAAGGAGUUACAACUGAUGUCUCAGGUGUUUUCACGUUUGGUAAGGUGCAGUAUCUGACAUGCAAUGUAACAAUUUCAGUUUAUUGCCAUUGUUUCACUUUUAGGCAAUUUAAUUUAGCUAGUCUACAUGUCUUUAGCUUGUUUCUAUGGUUGUCACGAUACCAGAAAUGUAGUAGUCGAUACCAAUAGUGAAUUUCCACGAUUCUCGAUACCAAAUUUAGAUACCACUGUAAAAAACAAAAACAAAACCAUAGAUAACCAUGUACUUCAACAUACACUCCUUUAUUACCGUUUGCAUACUGGUUUUUGUCAGGAAGUUAAACAGGUCAUAAUUCCCUCUCUAUUAUCUAUGUUAUAUUGCUGUGAAAACAUCUCAUUCAAACAUUUAUUCAAGUUUCUCCCCAAAAAGUAUAUUUUACAUGAUUACAUUUGAACACAUGAUGACGUUAGAAUUUACCUUCGCCCAAUACUCAUUUUUAUUGAACACAUCAUAAUGUAACUCAAUGGUUAACGUUGGCUGUUAGCUCUGCAGGACUGUGCUGCUUACCGGCUGCUAACUCCUAACAGCUAACAUUAGCUCUCGUCCUGCCUAUUUCAACACUGGGGGAAAAAAUAGGGUGCGUGUCAAUAGUGAGUUUACUGCAUUUCCAACACAUUUUCUACGAGACGGCACACCGCUAGUCUCAAAGUAUUGGUUCUCGUUACAUCCCUACUUGUUUCUCUGGGUCUUCCAAGAGCUUCUUUUCUUUUUUUUACAGGAGCAGAAUUUAUAUUGCCACUGCCUUUUUAAAUAAAUGUGUGUUUGCAUUAAA